AUGGCAAACCAGCGUCACAACGGACUAAGAGAAGACAACACUUCCAGCUGCAGUUAUACUAUUUCGUUCGUGAUUGGUUUACUGUGUAUUUUAAUUGGUGUGGUGUUGGUUGUUGUAGGAUCCGUGAGGUUACAGUCUGCGAAAAAACCAUGCGGCCAAGAAGAUCCUACCGCUGCGCGUAGAACUUCGCCGUCGACACAGAAAGGAACUUGCAAAUACUCCGCUGAAGCCGUGCGCGUUGGUUUGCCUGGGUUACUGGAAGAAGUGAAAAAGGCAUACUUCGAAUACAAUCCUAAUAAUGUUGCAUGGCACCCUGAUAAACGCAGAGGAGGAAUUGUCGAAGUCGUCGAAUAUGUGAAAACAAGGUGUGUGGAUAUCGAUGAUGUAGAAAAUGUAACUCAUUACCUACUGAUUAUGGCAAAUCACACUGAUAUUUUAUAGGUCGGUUGAACCCCGCGUUAAUCCCCAAAUUCAUGUUGCCAUUACUAAAUGUAGCAUUGCUCCUUUUAAAUUUUAAUUUGUGUGCUAUUACAGGGAGCGAAACAAUGUUCCGUUUUAUGAUCUGUGAGGUGACAGCUCAUUGACUUGCGUCUUUAGGCUCUCCACAUCCAAUUAUAAUUUGACACUUUGCCGAGUUUAUAACAAGUAAACCCUACACUGUGUAUAAGUGCAAAACUUUAUCUUUCGCAAAGAUGGUUUUAGAAUAUUUCAUAUUAAUGGCUUUAAAGAUAAAAACUGUGACUUUAAUAUCUUAUUGCUAAGGCAAAGAAUUAUUUUCUCGCGGACGAAAGGUGAGACAUGAUGAGCGCGCUGUUGGCAGCUUACGUGAUCGAUGUCAUAGCCGUUUCCUUGUGAAGAGAAAGAAAGCAGAUCAAACUGAUACGGAAAAUCGGAUUUCACUAUCGUAUUAGCAUCAAGAAAAGUGAUGCGGUUUGUAGGAAAAAAUUCUGUUGCAACAGAUAAAAAGAUUGGAACGCAAGCGACGAGAAACGGGUCGCAGUUGUUUGAAGAACUUUUGAGCCACCCUUCUUUCAUUCACCUUGUAGAGCUUAUCGUCACUCCCGGCUCACUGCAAUUGAACCCUUGCGACGAAAACAUUACAGUUUAACCUAUCCACAAUGGCCACCUUGGGGACAGAAGAAAGUGGCCAUUGUAGAGAGGUUCAAACAAGAGCCAAUGUAUGGACUGUCCGCCAACAAAAGCGGCGUUGGUGAAAGUUCCACUGUAUUGUUAACACCUUUGGGAGAUCGUGAUAGCGAGAAGAACUUUUUAUUAAGGACCUCAGGGCGGCUACUUACGGACUGUACGUUAUUUAUUGCUAAGGGGGGAGGGGGGCACGAGUUUUUAAAAACUUUACCCCCCUUCUAAACACCGCCCUCUCUUCGAAUUCCCCUUAGCCAUAAAUAAUGUCAACAGAGAAUGGGCUAAGAGAUUAGCUUGCGAAUACAGCCGUUUUUCCUAGCUCCUCGCCGCCAGGGACGUUUCGCCAGGCGAAAGGUCCUUUGCGGCGAGGAGCAAACGGCUUUAUUCGCAGGUACUAAGAGAUCGAAUCCCCCAUACAUUUUCUCUCUUGAUAAUGUACUGUCCCUUCAACGGAGUUUGAAGUAUAUCGUUUCAGGGACCGCGGAACAGUUUUCCAAAGGGAGGCUGAGUAAGCUCUGCUUUCUAUUUUUCUAUAUGGCCGGGAGCAAAGUCUUCAUUUGAAAAGCAGGGGUGCUAAAGCCUCUCAGCCCGCCACCCCCGUUUCUUCCCUUUGGAUUAGCCUGGGGGAAUUCUAGAACCAGAAACACCUGUGAACGCAAAACCACAACGACAAACCAGUGAGGGUAAAAUCUUGAGUACCGAAUUUUAAACUUAAAACAGUACACUGAUCCUUACGGCAGGAAAAGUGAUAGAAAAAAUAAAGAAAGAAAACAAAAAUAACCUGGUGACCACUUUAUUUUUGUUUUCUUUCUUUCUUUCCUUCUUUUUUUUUUUCACUUUUCCUGCCGUAGGGAUCAGUUUGCUGUUUUAAGUUAAAAAUUUGGAAUUCUAGUACUAAUAUCCGAAAAGGAUCAGCCAAUAUACCCCCAAAUUCCCAAAAUGUUUUUGACGUAUAAGAAAUUAAAGAAUAUUUUAUUUUCCUUCCUUUCCUCACAUUUUAUUUUUCUUUUAAUUGGCCCGCCUAGAUUAGCAAUGGCUAUUUUGCCGGCCACUCUAUUGAAAGUUGAUCGUAUAUCCAAACUCAGUAUUGGCAAGAGAUCAUAAUACGACUCAGCUGUAAGAUACCUUAUACCCAAUUUUAUAAGAAAAAACAUGUAUACCCUUAAACCCAAAACCCUGGGCAUCUGUGUCCGGGGCUCCCCGACAGUGAGCUACUUAUAUAAACAAAUCGACGUUCAAACCCAAGCAGAAAAGACUAGCACGAAAACGCACUGUAUUCGCGGACAACUGACAGGAAUAGAGUCUGUGGCAGCAAGCUGGUUAUAAGUUUGCGUGUUCGUCUCUUCUUUGUUUGCAGAGCUUAAGGCUACAAUUACUAAUAUCUCUAAUGGAAGAUCUAACGAGCUUAGGGGUGGUCGGAUUUCCCACAUGCAAGAAUGAUCCGUUUCGGAAAUAAGAGGUGGAUGAAGGGUUGAGAGCACGGGAGAGUUGUAGUGAUGCUAAAUAAAAAAAAAAUCACGCGAGACUUUUGUAUGUCCCCGCCCGCCCGCUCGUGACGUGUGUGACAUAAUGGUAACGAGGAUAGUAAUCUACUCACAGUGGACGCUCGCUUAAUAAAGGCCUUGUCAGAUGUAGGCGAUUUUUCCUUGAGUUGAUUUCUCGGGGACCGCACUCAAGUUAAGAAAGAAAAAGAAAACUUCGUCGUCGCUUGUUUACAUCCUCUGGAAAACGUGAAAUUAGGUAUUUUCAUGUCGUAGCCGUGCAGUUACGGCAAAGAAAUGCUUGAUGCAAGGGCAAAGUUGUUGCUUUGCUUAAUAAAUAUAGUGCUUUUUUGACCUAUUUUUUGAAGUCCUCGUUGCCGUCGCCGUCGCCGUCGUCGUUGUUAAAGUAAACAAAAUAAAAAAGCUGAGCUAUUUAGCCCGUGAUGAUUUUUUAGAACCUGCUUUCCCACAGGUAUGCCCCUUAUGAUCCAGCGCCAGCAGCUCUCAAGCGCAUGACAGACGCUUCUUUUGCUCUUUUGGACAAACUACAAAACCUUCAAGUGAAUGCCACAAAGCUGAAACCAAGAGAAGGAAAAGCCUUAUCGCAGGUACGGUAAAACAAUCAUCGAUGAUUAAUCACUUUGCGUGGGCUUCUUAGCCUCCCACGCAGGCGUUUUUAGGGGAGCUCGUUUUGCAUCCUGUGGGGAAGGAUGAAAAACGAGCUCCCCUAAAAACGCCUGCGUGGGAGGCUAUGGGCUUCUGGAGUCGAGAGGAAAAUAACAACUCCGCUCUCUAUUUUAGUAGACUUUGAAAAUCCUUUCACAGCUAGCACCAACUGCAAACACCCCAUUAAAAGUUUUGUUACUGGCUAGAAAUGGACAGCGUGUGGAGUGGAAAGAUCUUCAAUUUUUUUUGUCGUUUAUAAUUUUUUUUGUGCUUUUCCGUUUUUGUACCCUUUUACAGCAAGCACCAAACACCCCCUUCAAAGUUUUGUCAUCGGCUGGAAACUUACAACUUGUGCAUGGAAAGAUCGUCAAUAUCCAUUGUGCACCGCCACGUUAUUCACUGAUAAUUGUCUCAGAAGCAGCAGUUAGCAGGCUUCUUGUCUUAUUUUCGCGGGUUCUCUAAAACUGUCAAUGAACUGGAAAAUGAAAAAAAAUGGAAAAUGAAGGACUGAACGAACUUAAUCGAAACUCUCGCUUUGUUCGAUGACCGAACACGAAUCGAACAGUUGAUUUUCAUAGGUACAACGGUGAGCGAUCAAUGAUAACAAUGAUCAAAUAAUUUCGUUGAAAUGAAAUAAAAACUUUAUAAACUUUCUCUCCGAACUUGUACUCAAGUCCAAGGUCGAGCGUGCAAACAACCGCUUGAAAUAGUAGAGCGUUCUCUUAUCUCAGUUUAUAGUGGUGUGUGCAGCUGAGAGGAUAAGAUAAACCCGGGGGAUUUCACUUAUGAUAGCAUAUUAGAAGUUAUCUGUAUUUAUUGGCAAGUAUGUCGCUUAUCACUGGCACACCAACUGUUGAUGUUGGAACGAAGACUGCAAAUUGUUUUCUAUAGAAACAACACCACAGAUCGAAGAUUCUGUGCCGUAUUGGAAACUUAAAGGGGCUAAGCCACGCUAUAAUUUGCUGUCUUUUUAAAAAGCUAAGACUUUGCUCGCAUAAAUUGAAUUCUAAGAGAAUAAUGGUAUACUUUUCUUAUUUACGACUAUAGUUAGGUAUUGAAACUGUUUCCUGCCGUCAGUUGCAACCGAUGAAAAGGAUGGACAUAGAUUUAAACUUGAAAAGAAUAGGCUAACGUUUUCGAGUUUUAAUGCUAUGCCUACAAAAAUCACCCAAAGAAAAUAUCUUGGUUAGUGCUCCCUGGUGAAAUUUGUAAUUUGUUAUAAAUUAACCGCGGCAGUGUUAGCUCAGUCGGUAGAGCGUGUAACUGCAGAGCGGGAGGUCGAGGGUUCGAUUCCCGGGGCCGGACCAAUACUCAGGGUUUUAAAAUAACUGAAAAAAGAAGGUACUACCUUUGUACUGCAAGCUGCUAGACCUUCGCGUGGCUCGGAUGACCACGUAAAAUGGAUGACCGCGGUCCCCUCUCCAGUAAGGGACGUAAAAACAGUGUCCUCAAUUAGUACCUUCGUGCUAAAUACCUUGACACUCAAAUAAAGUGCUUUUUUUAUAUCUUCUUCAUAAAUCUACAGGAGCAUUUGUGUACGGAUAAAGACACUAAGAAAUUGCUUCAGCUCAAACUUGACCUACAACCACAAUAUCUUCGUGACAUAGCCACUUAAAGGAAAGGUUUUCACUCUGGUUUGGCCAAGGAGAGAGAUAUAUUGGGGUUUAAAAAAAAAGCGGAGGAUGAUUUGAAUAAACAGGUCACUAUCAAAGUUUUAAUAGCACAGACUCUUGAUACCCUCUUUUAAUGCUGAUGGAGUCAUGGAGACUGCCUCUUUUGUUAUCUAUUCCUCAUAGAGCCUUAUGCUUCGUUUUUAUCUUUAAUUCCAACAGGCAAAGCACUUUCUGCAGCACGUAUUUGGCAGGCCUUAUGACGUCAACUAUUACGCUGGUGACUGGUUGAUGGGACCAAACUACUUCUGCUGGCAACCAAUAUGUUACAUGGCUUAUGGUAUUAAUGCAUUCGCGUGGCACGUGAAGCCGCACACUUACUCGGAUGUGCAACACGUGAUUGACAAAAUCAUGAAACACAAGGAAACUAUAGAACGAUACAGGUUCGUCGCCUUUCAGAUGGCUCACAACAUCUUCCAGCUCAGUUUUUUUCUUGCAUGACCUUAUCAGUUUUUUUAUAAUAACUUCUAGUGGGGCUAAUUUAAAAUUAUUUUAACUCCAAAAAGGAGUUUUUUUUUUUAUCCUAUGACCUCCAUUUCACACCAAACAUCAAAAUUACAAGUAACCCCAUUUCGGAGUAAUUUUAACUCCAAGACUGGGAGUAAAAAGAACUCUUUUUCAGGAGUAAAAAUGACCCCAAAUUCGGACUUAAAUUAGGAGUUAAAAUAACCCCAAAAAAGGGGUUAUCCUGUACCUAAAAUUUUUACUCCAUUUUUGGAGUUAUAAUAACUCCCUAAAAAUUACGGUGCAUCAGAAUUACAAUAUGAUGAAAGCACAAAAGCAGAUUUUGUCAGGCCCAAGGAUGUCUUUGGGGAUCUUACGAAACUACGACGGCAACAGAAACGCCCAGAACGCAAUAGGUUUAGGAAGCGAAACAACAACAUUGCACUUGUACCACGCUUUUUGUUAAUUUCUUUAUCGUCCCUGCAUAACUACGUAGUGAAAUAACCAAAUUUUAGGGUUACUUGAAAACGGGAGCGGCAAGGCCAUAGAAUUUUACUUUCUCUGUUCGAAUUUGGAUGUGACUCCCUCCCUUUAGCUCGAACCUAAUUCCCCCAUUUUUUAGGAUCAGCAAUGUCGAGAGCGUAUUAUAUGAAAAAGAGAAGGAUGGUAAAUUUUAAAAGAUGGUGAUAAUUCAUUGAGAUAUAUUUGCCGAGCUUAAAAUUCAACAUCUCUCUUUGUUUCAUGUUGGUUUGAGUUUGCUAUUUGACUGUUAAGCUUUUUUUUAUGAAUAAUAGGUGUAAAAUUUGUUUAUUUUUUCCCGUCAGAGAUAACAUUGCCCUUGGUGUCCAAGUUGGUAUGGUUCGUUCAUCUAUUGAAUGUAAAGCAGGCCUGGACGCUUUUAAGGAAAAGUACCCAAAAGUUGCCCAUGGAGAUACCCCCGAGAGUGUCCUGGAGGAGUGGUACACUAAACUUUAUUUAAAACCACAAUACCUAGCAAGACUUGAACGAGGAGUGAAUAAGCGCUGGCAGAAAGAACAUGGAGGCCAGAAUGUAACAAAAUCCAUAAAGCAAGCUUUGGUAAAUGGUUUGGGCAAGCCUUUACUGAACUUGAUUCAAUGGCUGGAAAACGAGCAUAGUCGUCACUGCCUGCCUGAUGACGUGGCCAGUGGUCUUGCUAAUUUACCCGUUGACUUCGUGUAUACUGAUGGUAUUCCUGAUAAAAAGAACAGGACAACCAAGGUUCUACCUGGAACGAGAAAGAGGCUAAAUGGAAUGGAAACGUACAGCCAGAUUUUAUCUUUCUUUACAACCAUUAAUAUAACAGCUGAAGAGUUAUACAAAGAGGGAAAAGCACAGCUCGAUAACUUUAUGCCUCUGGUAAGUUUGAUAUUCACAGCUUCCGAAUGCCGAUAAUUAUGCUAAUUAUGCUAGUUUUGUAAAUUAUUCUCAUUUUAGCAAAGAAUUCCAAAAUAAGGCUUUUAGUUUUGACUUUAAACUUGGUAAAAACACCUAAAAAAGUAUCCUUUAAACAAGUAAAUGACAAACACAUUUACCCUAUUGACAUCUAGAAACUUUAAGACUGCAUAAUCAGUCAUUGUCUGACAACUAUGCACCCUCGUACCCGGUGUUUUCGUUCCCCUUUACCAGCGCUCGUCAAGUCAGCAUGCGCAGUAAGGGACGAAGACUCGAGGUACGAGAUUGACAACUAUGGAUAACCGACCUAGUUAUGCGCAUGCGUUGAGUGACUUUAUAAGAGUCCUUCACCACUUCAUGUGGGACCAAGGUCCUAUGAAUGUACCAAUAAGCAAACAAAAAUUGAUUUUGUAACUUAAGAUCGCCUCUAACACUGAUCCCGCGAAAAAAAAUGGUUGCAUGGGCAAUAGUAAAUGACAAAAGUGCAAAUUAUUCCAGCACUGAGUGCUUUUUUCGAAAAAUGGGUGAAAAACAGGUGACGAAUUAUGCCAAAAAUUAUGUUAGCACAAUCUGUCAAAGCCUAGUUAUUUCAGCCUUCUCAGUGCACUUAUGUCCAGGAUAAAACAGACGCAAAAUUUACGAAAUUGAUAACUUUUCGCGAUGGCUACAAGAGAACUUUAUUUUUGCGUUCAGCCCAAGCGACUAUCAUGCUACUACGAAAAAUAGUAAUUUGGCUUGUUGAAAUUCCUCCUUUUUUCACGAUGUUUACUGGGUAGUAGUUUAUGCCUUUUUUGGCGUUUCCACCUUUUGCAUAUUUAUCCCGCGCUUUUUAUGGGUUAAGCAAUUCUAGUGUAAAACUAGGGUUUUUCUGUGCGCCGGCACGAAACCCAGACCGGAUACGGUUUCUGUUCACACAUAAGAACGGUGAUUUCGGCGCGAUAAUCUAUCCUAUAUAGUGUGAACACAACCUAAGCGAUUUCUGAUCGUUUUAUUCAAUUUUUUUCCCCUUUUUUGGUAGGUGUAUAAAAUUGCAAAGCUCGUUACCGGCAUAAACAAGAGAGCUAAAGCGGUAGAAGCUUUUAAAAUUCGUCUGAAUUCCUCCGACCAAUGGCAUAAUACAGCUCCAUUUCCCGCCAACGAGAGUGACGCGAACGCGCACAAGAAAUGCAAGAGUCCAUCCUCUGCCAAAGUCUACUGUCCGCGUCGUUGGGCCGCCAUUCAAAGCUGGAUCAAGUACAUACAGACGGUCAUGAGUAUGAUCUAUCCCAAGAUUCAACCGCUGUUUUACUUCACUGGUCCCAAGACCACUGCUGCUAACUGUCCUAUUCGAAUGAAGCCGCAUUACAAUCCUUCAAAUGGUGCCAUGUUCUUCUCGCCAAGCAACGCUAAUUGCACAAACCCGACUUACUUCGGGCUUCCGUUUUUUCUGAAGGAAUAUGGCCCUAAGUUCCAGGAGUGGUCGGUGAUCGGGCACGAGUCGCGACCAGGGCACCACACCCAGAUGCAAGGUGACUAAUGAGCCUCUUAUUCUCAGUUACAGCACUGUUCACUUGUCAGCAUUAAGCUUUACAACGGUUACAAUUUCCACCAAAGCCAAAUAAGAUAAUAACGUGGUUAAUUCGUCAGCAGCAUUUAGUGCACUGAGUUGAGUUAUAUGAAGAGGCACUGCAAUCACACAAAAAUUUCGAUCACAUUAAGUAUAGUUUGCACGUGAACAAGUAAAACAUUUGGGGUAAAUAUUCUUCGUUUUUUAAGCUAAGUACGUGAAAGUAUUUACACCUCCACUGAAUAAACGUUUAUCGAAACGACCGGUAGCAAGUACAUACUUAUCGUGGCCUCUGGGGAGCUAAAGUUUCUGUUAAGCGCCCUGGGUGAUAUCAUGACUUCUUUGUUUACCAGGUCUGGUGGAAAAUUUUCGUGACAAGUGUGAUGGCGUCCCUAGGUGGCUUGACAAGGAGACGUCGUAUGUAGCUUUCCAAGAGGGCUGGGCCCUUUAUGCCGAGAACCCGCUACUUUCCGAUGAUACUAAUCUGUACGAUGACGAUCUUCUUCAGAAGUAUGGUAUGGUAAAAUGGCAGGUAUGCUCAGUACCAACAGGAAGAAAAACUACUUCCUCUAAGUAAACACCUUCUUUGGGUAGAGAGCGAGCCAAGAUACAAACAAGAGUCGGAGAAGGCUAGAGUCACUGAACUUGGUUAACGACGUGUGAAAGAAUGAUAGCGGUUAAGUUUGAGAGUAAUAAGACCCAAUCCAUAUUUCUUUCUAAGCUUAUGCUUAUCAAUAUGUCCUAGGCUUACACUGUAAAACACAAACCUUAAGACUUUUGUUAAUUUUCAUAUCAAAUUUCCAUUCGUACCAUCUACAGUUCGAGUGCAGUGUAUGGAGUUUGCAAUCAGUAUUCUCACUGACCUCUUGUUCGACGGUCAAUCAUCUCCAAAUUAUACAAAUGUUAAUUGAAGAAGGGGGUAAGCCGUUCGAGAACGUCAUAUCGGAUGCUUUCUACUAAGUAUGUGCAUUUUUUCCUGACUGACUUGUUUUCUUAGGUAUGGCGUGCCGUAAGGCUGGUUGUUGAUACUGGGCUGCAUUACAGAGGAAUGACAAGGUAAUAGCUGUGUUUCUUGCGCUUCAUUGAUCGUGCUUAUAAACUUCCCCGUGUGAUAUUUCAUAGAGUUUUUAGGAACACCCUUCAACUUAAGGAGCCUGUUGCACUAUUCUACGCUUGUGAGUUUUUUUUUGUUUCUGAUUCGGUCGAACAAUUAAGUUGGCUGCCCCUGGCUGUGGUGGAUUUAUACUUUCAAAACCGUAAACUCCCCUGUUCCGAUUAUAAGCUCCUCCCAGUCUGUGAGCCAGACAUUGUAGUACUGUUUACAUUGGGAAUUACAAAAAAAAAUUGUUAAUUUCGUCACUAGAGCCUCGCCGGCUUGCCAUUAGUCAUGCGCAGUAGAGUUAUGAUCAUUUAUUCAUAAUAAGUCUUCUUACAUGAAUCAAUACCUGCACAAAGCCAGCGAUCAGAGUUUCCUAAGUGAACAAAGGCAUUUCUUCUGCUACACGUAAAUUAGGGAAAGCGGUUUAUUGGGCAAAGAGACAUUAACCUUCUGCUAAAUUUUACAUUUUCUUUUUUUGCUAGGUCUCAAGCACUCAAAUACUUUGAAGACUAUACUUGGGAUAAAACAGAUUUCGCAAUCAAAGAGGUUACAAGGUACCAGAGUAACCCUGGUCAGGCGACCGCGUACAUGCUAGGAAGACUAGCACUAGUAAACAUGCGUAAGAAGGUCAGGAAGGCACUGGGUAAACAUUUUGACUUGCGGGAGUUCCAUUAUCAGCUUCUGCGUCAGGGCUCGGCUCCUUUGAGCUAUCUUGAAAGUUACAUAGACAAAUAUAUUGACUGCUACAAGGGAAAAAUAGAACAAGAACUUUGCGAUGGUAUAUCAAGGAAUUCAGAGGAAGAAAAAAAUGAGGAAGUGACUAUGGACUUUGUAAAUCAGGAUGAAAAUCUUCCACCUCGUCCCACUCAGAGAAUUUAUGUUUAAUUGCGAUUUCACGUAGCUGUGGUAGUUGACCCUGUACAGAAAGUCCGGCGCACGGUUUUGGUGUUCAUAGAACUCCAGUUUUUCUGAACGCUCAAUACAAGAGCGCUAACUAGUGUCUCGACUACAGGUAUAUAGUGGUGAAAAGUCCAAGCGCUUCUAAGAGACACUUUUGUAAGCGGACGGUUCGACUUAGAUCACAGUCAGCAGCCUUCACAAAUCCCCGUAUGAACUCCCAAGCGAAUUCUGCAUUUAUACACAG